AUGUCCUUCAAGCGAUUCAAUGGCAUUCCCCAUCCCCAUAUCUAUGCGGCCCUAGUACCCGCCGAAGACGGAGUGGGCCUCCCAGGCUUUGAUCUGCUCAUGCCUAAGAAGGAGUUUACCGUUGGUCGUGCAGAACACAAUGACAUCUGCAUUCGCGGCGCUGGCAUCAGCGACGAACACUGCAAGCUUGUGUGGAAUACCGAGAAGAAGAGAAUGUAUGUACAGUGGUUGCCGACUACCAAUGGAACAUGGAUCCUGAGAACUCGUUACGAUUGUCACCGACUCAAAGAAGGCGAACUGUAUCCCUUGCUUGGCGGAGAAAUCAGUUUUGGGCCUUCCGUUAACAAAUAUGGGAAGCCUCCCGGCCCCGACGACUACAUGUACUCGUUUCGCGUUUAUUCGGAACAUGAAAUGGAGGACUAUCUGGAGCCUGCUCAGCUCGCGGAGCGGAGAAAGGCCCGCUCUAGGUUCGGGACUGCACGCAGUGACGAAAGUGCUACCAAAUGUGUUAUCACCUAUCGUUCCUUGUCCGACCGCGCUCCUGAUCCAUCCUUACCACGGCAAGUCACGCCGCCCUUCGUCCCACCCCCUCGACUCGGAAGAGACUUUCGCGUCACAGGCAAUGUCGGUCACUAUCAAGGAAGGGAGUCGGACAGACCCGAUAGCUUCGACCGUGCUAACCCUGACAUCGUCUGGCGCGGCUUUGUGCCGAUCAAACCCGGAACCGAAUCUCUCGUCCCGCGCGAGGUCGAGCUUUGGUCAAAUCACUAUGGUCUGCCAGUGGGACUACAUCCCAAAUACUCUCAGUAUAGCAGCGUACCAUAUGACGACGUCCAGACCGAUUUCGAUCGCGAGCGACUUGAGCAGCGCGAAUACAUGGUAGACUACCUUCGAUCCGCGGAACGUAAGGCAGCCUACAAAGCUGAAUGUGAGAGGGAUGGGCGAACCUACUUCUCCCCCACCCCAUCGCCCUCUCCUGCCCCAGAGUCCGUUCCGGAUCAGCAUUCUGGAGGUGAUGAGGCACACGCGGCAAGCUCGCUCGCUGAUGAAGCGACGCUGGCAGCGACCCCGACCGCCCAUACGUGCACGCCACCGCGCAAACAGUCGAGCUUGGACUGUGCGCCCGACACAACCACAUCUGGGGCUGGCCCUUCGUCCAUCCUUUCUCGUACAAGUGUUCGCACGCACAACAUCCCGGGGAAGCGCAAGAGAGAUCUCGAUCCGCCUACUCAUGAACACUCCGCGAAACGCCAUCAACCCCGUGCGACUCGCGAUGGCGCGCGGACACGGCAGCGCACUACACGGGCGAAACCUGGGGCUGCAGGUAUGGUCGUGAGCGACGCGCGAGGGCCGAGGACGGCCGACGCAGAACUUGGGGAGGCGCAGGGUACACCGCCGCGUCGGUCUGCUCGUCUGGUGGGGAAGCCCCCCGUGCGGUACAAAUACUGA